GGGAGAGAGAGGGAGAGAGAGGGAGAGGUAGAGAGAGAAGACACUCGUCGAGGGGAAGACGAAGCGAAGACAACGUCCUUCGUUUGCCACCCGACAACUCCACGCAGACUGUCCCACCACCGCCAUCACCACCACCACCACCACCACCACCACCCCCACCGAGACGGCUGGCGCACAUCAUGGACGGUUAUGGCCGGACCGAAGAUGAGCUGUUCUCCUCGUGCCUCCUGAACCUCACCUGGGAGAAUUGCUACGAGCAGUGUGCUGCCUUAGUUGGUGAAGACCAGCCCCUCUGCCCAGACCUCCCUGAACUUGACCUCUCAGAGCUGGAUGUCAGUGACUUAGAUGCCGACAGCUUCCUUGGUGGCCUCAAAUGGUACAGCGACCAAUCGGAGAUUAUUUCCACCCAGUAUGGCAACGAUGCAUCCAAUCUUUUUGAGAAGAUAGAUGAAGAAAAUGAGGCCAACUUGCUGGCAGUGCUUACAGAGACCCUGGACAGCAUCCCGGUGGAUGAGGACGGAUUGCCUUCGUUUGAGGCCCUGGCAGAUGGGGACGUGACCAAUGCCAGUGACCGGAGCUGUCCCUCCUCCCCCGACGGCUCGCCACGCACCCCAGAGCCCGAGGAGCCCUCCCUGCUGAAGAAGCUCCUUCUGGCACCCGCAAACUCCCAGCUCAGCUAUAAUCAAUACACAGGUGGCAAGGCACAGAACCAUGCAGCCAGCAGCAACCACCGGAUCAGACCACCACCUGCCGUCGUCAAGACGGAGAGCCCCUGGAAUGGCAAAGCGAGAGGGGGUUCCGGCCAACAGAACCGCCCGGUGAGGCGGCCUUGCACUGAGCUGCUGAAGUACUUAACAGCCACUGAUGACAUCCUGCUCCACACCAAAGCCAGCGAAGCAAAGAGCACCUGGGGGGGCGCCAGCAGCAGGGACAAGAGCGGCCUGGGUCUGGGUGCCUCUUCCUCCUCCUCGUCUUCGCCGUCCUCGUCAUCCACCUCCUCGUUCUCCUCCCUCUCCUCUAACUCGUCUUCCUCCACCACCUCCAAGAAGAAGCCAGCUGUGCCAUCUCAACAACAACAGCCACAACUACAACAACAACAACAACAACAACUACAGCAGCAACAGCAGCAACAGCCGCCACCACAGCAUCACCAGCGAGGUGAGAGCCGGGCUGCAGCCGAGUGUAGUGUGGCUGGUGUUGGGGCUGGGAAGUGGCAGCGUUGCGCUCACGAUGACGGGGUUGAGAAGUCGGAGGGCGCCUCUAUCACUGUCGGCCACAGAACCUCCACCUGCGGCCAUGCCCGCACCAAACUGGAGCACGGGCCGCCCGGUGAAGAAGGAAGGCCGCCAGGCGAUGUGGGCCGCCUGGCCGCCGCUAGGUUUAUUAGGUAUAUGCAUUCUUAUUCCCUCCCUCCCCGAGAGGUGAGUCACAGCUGUGAGCAUUGCCGAGAGGCUGAGGGCGCCACUCAGACGAGUGAGGGCUUUGGCAGGCAGGGCCGUAGAACGAGUAGAGGUGCCGGCCGCGCACCACAUCACAGGCACGUCACUGUAACCAUUAAGAAAAGGGUUGAGAAGCCGGGGCACCCCUUACUUAGCCAGCUGCUCACCUCCAAGCAGAGGCCCGCUCGGUAUCGAGCCCACCUACUCCCGCCCCAGAUCACCCCUUCGCCCACCAUUCAGAGCAAAUCGGCAGGUAAGAGGUGUAAGAGCCCUGCGCCAGCUCCCACAAAGGUGGAGGUUGAAGAGUCGGAAGGGGCCAAUGACAGUAGAAACCAGGGAGUAAGUCAGCUUGAAGAGCCUGAUUCAGGGUCCCUGCUGUCACCUCUAGCCUUUGACCUAGAGAGCUGGGUUAACCAGCCAGACUCGGGGCUAGAUAUGGGCUUUGGACCUGAGCUGCUGUGGCUAAACCAGGGGUUCUAUGGGGAGGAUGUUGACCAUGAUGAUGAUGGUGCUGGUGGUGGUGGUGUUGAUGAUGAAGACAAUGUCAUGGGCAGCCCCGCUGCAGUGCUCUCACAGGGCCCAACAAGCCCACUCUUCCCAGAUACUAGAAUUGCAGAACCCGCCCCUCCCUGCAUCAUACAAGGGCAAGGGCACCCACACAGGCAGGCACUCAGCGAGCACCCCGACGACCAGGGCCUCCCGUUGUUAGCCAAACCAACCACCUUGCCACUUCCUUUGACCCCAGAGUCUCCAAAUGACCACAAGGGAUCACCGUAUGAGAACAAAACCAUUGAACGCACAUUAAGUGUGGAGAUUGCUGGAACCCCAGGUCUGACACCACCAACCACGCCACCACACAAAGCCAGUCAAGAGAAUCCUUUCAAAGCAUCGUUCAAAACCAAGUUGUCUUCAUGUUCCUCAUCAGCCUCGGCAUGCAAAAGAGCCAGGCUGAGCGAAUUGGGUCCCGGCGCUCUGGCCCCAGCCCCAGGUGCCUCAAGCGGGGUCCCCACCAGGAAGGGUCCCGAACAGACUGAGCUUUAUGCUCAGCUGAGCAAAGCGUCCACCGCCCUACCUUACUCGCUCACCCAACACACUGUGAGGUGCGACCUCGGCGAGCAUCGCAGCACUAGCAACAAUAAGCGGGCGGUGCCCCGCGGCUACAGUGACCAUGACUAUUGCCAGGGGUCGGCUGGCACUAAGAAGGACGGCGGCACAGCCACUGUUACCAUGACUCCAGCAGCAGCGGUAGUGACGGCCACCUCGGGGGCCACCGCUGCUCCAGUGCCUGCUGCGGGCAAAUUGGGGGACAGGCAUGUCGAAUGUAAGGACUCAGCCAUGCCCCCAUCCUCCUCAUCCUCUUCAUCUUCUCGUUCCACGUUAUCCGCUCCGUCCGGUCGCUUGGCUCAGCAGCGAAAUGCCGCCUCUGCGACUGGAGAAGCAGCCCGCAUCCAGGAGUCAGGGAAGCCGACCCUGACACAAACCCCCCAGGUCCCCUCAAAGGAGGCCGCCACUGACUGGGACCUACUCCACUCCUCUGCCCUCAGCAGGAAGCUCCUGUGCGACCAGGAAAUCCGAGAAGAGCUCAACAAGCACUUUGGUCCCCCCUUACAUGCCCUUUAUAGUCAGGGUGCCAAGGAGAGAGAACCCGGCAGCAGACCAUGUAAGGCUGCAGCCGCUAUGUCCCCCGAGGAGGGAGGGAACGCCUCCUUCUCCCAGAGGCCGCCCGGCUCAAGCUACCUGCACCCGGGGUUCCUGCCCUUCCAGAAUGAGCUGGAGCUGGGUGAGGGCCGCGAGGGUCGCUUCCUCUAUCCCUGGGAGGGCACCCCUCUGGACCUUCUCUUUGACUGCCCCCCCUGUUCUCCCUCCUGUUCCCCACCAUCCAGCUGCUCCCCUUCACGAGGCUCCGUCUCCCCACCUUCCUCCCUACACCUCCUCUCUCCCAGCAGGCCUUUCUGCUGGACCAGCAGUGGAUCCCGGUCCCGCUCUCGGUCCCACUCUGACUCCCGCAGCUCCUCCUCGCACCAUCGGAGACGCUCCCUCUCCAGCUCACCUGACAGGCGCCCCUCCUCGUCUCGUCAUAACACAGAUUCCAGCACCCUCCGUUCUAGGACUCACAAAAGCCCCCACCCUCAGUCUCGAUCUCCUCUCAGCCGCAGGCCAAGGUAUGACAGCUACGAGGAGUACCAGCACGAGAGGCUGAAGAGGGAGGAGUACCGCCGGGACUACGAGAAGCGGGAAUUCGAAAGGGCCGACGAGAGAGAGAGGCAAAAACAAAAAGCAAUAGUGAGUCAACUGACCAUAAACCUCGCCGCGCGCAUGCCCGCCCGCUUGAGUCUUUGCUGCAGACGCUGAGAAAAGACGGCACGCAGUCACUGCCUCAGCACAUGCGGAAAUUCAUGCAAACACAACAGACCUC